UACUCAUUUGGCCAGGGACGCGUGCACGAGCAAAAUGAUGGAGACACAAAGCUACCAGAUGACCCUGUCCGCGGACGGCAGCAAGUCUGAGAUCCUGUAUCCACACUUAUCGUACAGCGCCUACAGUGGAUCGGGUGGAAUCAAUCCCUGGUUUUUAACUCGCUGCCUUGAGAGUGGUCGAUUCCUGUCAAUGUCCAAUGGCUUCUGUCAUAGUACAGAGUUGUUGUCCCCGGGAGGCAUGUUUGUCACCAUGAGGAUGGAAUAUGCAUUCAAGUGGGAGUUGCUCUGUUCAGCCACUGUGCUGAGCUAUUUCCCAUACAAGAUAGUCGUCACCUUACAAAAUGUGGGAAGGACAUCCCUUGUGUGGCGCCAUCGCAUGAUCAACCGUCUCGACAACAAGACUCUUGUCUCAUUGGAUGCCACAAUGGUCCUUCUAAACAGAAAGACGAGGAAACCCGUAGCCUUUCCUUCAUGGUUUUUAGAUAAAUAUGGACGAUUUACUAAUGAAGCUAUUCGGAAGUCCAGGAUCUUAAUACCUGACGUUCCCCCGUCACCCAUGUCCUUUUCACAAUCCAUAGCCGUCAUGCCUAGCAGCGUGGACGUCAACGACCAUCUGAACAACUCGGAAUACAUAAGGUUUGCCCUAGACUGUGUCGCUGUGGCCAGUGGGAGACACCAGUACGCACACGUGAAGGGGGAUGUGAGGAGGUUGUGGCUGGUUGACCUGUCAAUAUACUACAGGAGAGAGGGGUUUCAAGGUGACGACCUCACUGUAACGUCAUGGGAAGGAGACAAUCCUGGUGACGUCAUGUGUGUCGUCAGAAGAAGUGACGACAUUCUCACAGUUCUCUGGAUGAGAUUUAGAAUAAACAAGGCUCACUUGUGAAGUAUGUUGACAGGGCGCAUUUAAAGAUUUACUACAUAAGAGUAAACAUAAUAUUCGGGAGCAUUAAUCCACAAGAACUGAUCUGAUGAUUGAAAAGCCAACAGCCUCGGUGUGACAAAUAUAUGAGGGAGAAUUAAUGCACAAAAAUUGAUAGUCAACAGUUGUGUGAAUGUUGUUUAAUGUCACAGUCAGCAAUGUGUCAUUUAUAUAAUAAAUAUUCAAGACAAGUGGUUGACAUCGGGUACAAUCAGAAGAAGUCAACCAAACCACUGAAAACCAGAACACUGAUGAUGUCACCCCUAACGAUGGAGUACCUGGGACUAAUUCUACCCACGUGCCGGGUAGCGGGGGUGGGGAGGAGGGGCUGUGUAUUUGUGUUAACUAAAUUAAUCCUGGAGAGGAUACAGAGACUAGACGUACGGGAGAAGUUACUCUUAUCCGGUGUCUCCAGCAGAAAGGAUCACAUGGGCUGAAUUUGUAGCUGCAAUAAAUAUACAUUUUAACCA